AUGUUUGGUAUCAUCGGACCGAUAGGGCAGUGGAACAUCGACGAUUAUCACGGUCCGAGCAAGGAUAUUAUCCCACAUGCCGCAAAGUCUAGACGGGAGGAAAUAAUGAUCACCACCCACACCACCUACGCUAACAACAAGGCCAGCGUUGGCAUUAUACUGAUAGAGAAAGUCGAAGCGCAACUCACAGAACCUAACACAAAGCUAGAGUAUCGCCCGCUUCACAAUUCUAAAGCUUCCUCCAAAUAA